AUGGCGUCUCCGGCUGUCAAGAAAGCAAUCGCUGAAGCGGCUGCUCAGUACGCAAAGCCAGAAGGGAGGAUCUUCCAGUAUGGUACUGCAGGAUUCCGUAUGAAGGCCGACCUCCUCAAUACCGUCGUUUUCACUGUUGGUUUGCUUGCGGGUCUUCGUUCCAGGAAGCUUAGUGGGCAAUGGGUUGGUGUCAUGGUCACUGCCAGCCACAACCCUGCAGAGGACAAUGGCGUUAAGCUCGUCGACCCUAUGGGUGAGAUGCUGGAGGCCGAAUGGGAGACCUAUGCGACCAGACUUGCCAACGCCCCGCUCGACAAGGUCGGAGAUGUGUACGAGGAGUUGAUUAAAGAGAUCGAUGUCAGCAUGGAGAACCAAGCUCGCGUUGUUUUCGCCCGCGACACUCGCGCGUCUGGCUCUCGCCUCGUCUCGGUUCUCAGCGCCGCACUUACCGCUACGGAAGUCGAAUUCCUUGACUUGAAGUUCAUGACCACCCCUCAGCUUCACUAUGUCGUUCGGUGCAAGAACACCCUGGGUACACAGUAUGAGUAUGGUGAGCCGACUGAGCAGGGCUACUAUGAGAAACUUGCCGAGGCUUUCAAGAGAGUGAUGCGGGGCAUUAAGAUCAAGGGCUCUUUGACGGUUGACUGCGCCAACGGUGUUGGUGGACCCAAGCUCAGGGAGCUUAUCAAGUACCUGCCCACUGCGGAGGAAGGUGGCCUCGACAUCAAGAUCGUUAACGACGACGUCAUCAACCCUGAUAGCCUCAACUUCGAGUGUGGCGCCGAUUAUGUCAAGACGAAGCAACGUGCUCCUCCGUCCUCCAAGGCCGGUCCUCUCGAGCGCUGUGCCUCACUGGACGGCGAUGCUGACCGUAUCGUUUACUACUUCGUCGAUGAGAGCAACGUCUUCAGGCUGCUCGAUGGCGAUCGCAUCGCCACCCUUGCUGCAUCAUUCAUUGGCGACCUUGCUCGUAGCGCUGGCAUCGCACAGAAACUUAAGAUCGGAGUCGUGCAGACUGCUUAUGCCAACGGAUCUAGCACUGACUACAUUGAGAAAGUGCUGAAACUUCCCUCCGUUUGCACGAACACCGGUGUUAAGCACCUUCACCACGCCGCUUUGCGGUUCGAUGUCGGUGUCUAUUUCGAGGCCAACGGGCACGGCACGAUCACCUUCUCCGAGAAUGCUUUGAAGACGAUCAAGAACACGGAGCCUCAGUCUCCUGCUCAGCAGCGCUCGCUCGAGUGCCUUCAGGGCUUGACGGAUCUGAUUAACCAGGCUGUUGGAGACGCCAUCUCGGACAUGCUCCUCGUGGAGGCUAUUCUUUCACACAAGGGCUGGAGCCCCAAGGAGUGGCUCGCGACUUACACCGAUUUGCCGUCGCGUCUUGUCCGUGUCGAGGUCGCGGACCGUUCGAUCUUCAAGGCUUAUGACGCUGAGCGUAAGCUCGAGUCACCACCCGGCCUUCAGGCUGAGAUCGAGUCUCUGCAAUCCCGAUACAACAAGGGAAGGAGCUUCGCCCGUGCAAGUGGCACGGAGGAUGCAGUACGUGUUUACGCCGAAGCGGCGAGCCGUUCCGAGGCCGAUGAUCUCGCCACCCGUGUUGCCAACGCAGUUCGUGAGGCUGGUGCCGCCAAGGAACCCUCUUCCUAG